CACCAACAAAACACCACGUGUCACGAUGCGAGUGGGCAUUGUUGGUGGCGGGAUUGCGGGCGUCACUGCUCUGCGCAGCCUGCAGCGCCGCGGCGUCCAGGCGACCUUGUUUGAAGCGAGGAGCAGCGUUAUGGAAGGGGUGGACCGCGGUCUUGGCAUCUGGCCCACCGCGUGGAAGCAGCUCAUCGCCGAUAACGGCAGCGGCUUGCAGGAACAAGUUUCGCAGUGGCCGUCAGUGCCUCCUGCGUCGUACCGAACGCGAGAUGGCGCGUGGCUCUCCGCACCGAGCAAGGACACUGCACGAGACUACGAGGUCAAGGUCACAACACGCCACACCUUGCUCCACGCCUUGUUACAGGACACAGACCAGUCUGCUAUCCACUGCAACGUCCAAGUCGCCCGCAUCUCAAACACUGAUGGCCCCACGAAGGUGCUGGAUGCUGCAACUGGUGCUGAGCUGGGCUGCUUUGAUGCCGUGCUCAUGAGUGGAAUGGCGCCGGAUACCGCGCCUGUCCCCGUGCACUCACUCUCGUUCAUUGUGCCCAUGCAGCUGCGCGCGUCAGCUCCUUUCGAAACCUUGAGUGGCGGCCGUCGCUUCGCCGGUGUGCCCUUGAACAGCUCUCGCUGCUUCAUUUUCGCCACGUGUUCCACAAGCGACACACUGCACACCAUUGACGAUGUCGCCCGCCUCUACAGCACGUGGCACGAUCCCAUCCCAGAGCUAAUUGCCUGUGCACGUGAUGCACACGUGCAGCCGCUGUACGAGCGUGCGCGCGUGUCCAAACUAAAGCGUUCUGCAGACGGAGUUGUUGCCUACAUCGGCGACGCUGCCCAUUGCAUGCAGCACAACCUCGCCCAAGGCGCCUCCCUUGCCAUCGAGGAUGCACUGUAUGUGGCCCACGUUCUGUCGAAUGUGCCAUCAUCACCUACUGCCGUUGCGCGAGCACUCGAGGACUACAGCACGCACAGGCAGGCCCGCUUCCACGCCUGUCGCCGCGUGACUGCAUUCACUCACCUCCUCGCCGCCAUGGGCGGGCGGUGGGAGGAGCGACGCAACAAGCUGUUCCUCGCUCUGCCACACGCCCUCAACUCCCGCUGCUUCGACGCCUUCCUCAAAGCAAGCUUCGGGCACAUGUUUGCAUAGCACCAUGCAAACACACAAACACACAAGCACACAUGGCUUCAGGUGCUUGUUCAUGUCAUCGCGCGCAGUGUGUUGGGCUGGGGAGUGGAUCGUGUAUUGGUCGUUUACAUUGCUU